CGGAGGGGCUGCUUCUACACAAGCGAUAUCAUCCCCAGACAGACCACUUUACAUCCCCACCAUACAUACAUAAUGUCCGACGAAGCAUACGACGCAUCUCUAGACGUGUUACGCCGUCUUGACCCGAAGGCAAUCACCUCAAACCUCUCCAAUAUUUGCAGAUUGCAGCCUGAGCUUGCCGGUGACCUUCUUGCCUCUGUUGACGCCCCAUUGAAAUCACUAAAAUGUCCUAAAUCAGGUAAAACGUUUUUGUGCUGCGACUACAAUCGUGAUGGAGACUCAUACCGCUCUCCCUUCAGCAAUCAAUACGUUGACGCUGAUGGAUCUGUUGGUGACGAUGCUGACGCUCCUAAGCCGAGUGAGCACUUGAGAGAGCUAGAACUUUUUGCAAACGAUUCUUUCGACAUUUACAGAGACCUUUAUUACGAGGGUGGUGUUUCGAGCGUGUACUUAUGGGACAAUGAAGACGGUGACGCAUCAGCUGACGGGAAGGUAGGAUUUGAUGGCGUGGUACUUCUGAAGAAAACAGUUGAAGAAUCCUCUAGUUGGGACUCAAUCCAUGUUUUUGAAAUCGAAAACGCCACCGCUGGCAGCUCUACUUAUAGACUAACCUCGACCAUCUUGCUAGAUCUCUCCGAGGCGAACAAUGAUAGCACGUACUUGAGUGGGAACUUAACCAGGCAAACUGAGCGUGAAAUCGCAUACAAAGACUCUGCUUCACACGUGGCCAAUAUCGGCUCAUUGAUUGAGGACGUCGAAACCCAAAUGAGGAAUAUGCUUCAGGAAGUUUACUUUGGAAAGACCAUGGACGUUUUGACCGACAUCAGGUCGUUGGAUGCCCUUGAAGACAGACAAGCAGACAGGAAAAGACAAGAAAACUUGAUCCAAAGAUUCGAAAGUCUAUGAUCUGCUUACCGCCGUUUUUUAUCUAUAUAUUUAUCAACUAUGUUAAUUUUCUACCGAACAACAUUGUUCCACUCAUUUUAAUGCUGUAAUUGUGUAAUCACACUUGCUUCCAGG